AUGGCCCUCAGCAGUGUCCAGGCUCCCUUCGUGAACCCAGCACUCGACAUCCCAGGGGGUCUGAAGGAUGGAAUAGAGAUCACUAUCAAAGGAAGUGUUCUUAUAAACAAUGGAACCAGGUUUGCUGUGAAUUUUCAGACCAACUCCAGUGGCAAUGACAUUGCCUUCCACUUCAACCCUCGGUUUGAAGAGGGUGGGUAUGUGGUCUGUAACACCAAGCAGAAAGGACUCUGGGAGCAGGAAGAGAAGUUGAUGAGAAAUCCCUUUGUGAUGGGCAUUCCCUUUAAGAUCUGCAUCCGGGUGGAGAGUGCCAGUUUCCAGGUGAUGGUGAAUGGAGAUCACUUUGUGGAGUACGCACACCGUGUGCCCUUCCACCGCGUGAACUACAUCUCUGUCACUGGCCCUGUGGGGCUGACACACUUCAGUUUCCAGGACACCCGUGCAGUCCCUGUCCAGAAGAUGAUCUCUGAGGUGCAAUCCUACCCCGGUCCCUCUGGCUCGCCUGAGUUCGAAGAGCAGAAACCAAAAUAG